AUGAAUGGGAAAGCCUUCGUCUCCAAGGAGCUCAAUGCCAAACACGCCAAGAUCUUGGAAGGACUUCUCAAGCUGCCCGAGAACAGGGAAUGUGCAGAUUGCCGCAACAGGGCACCACGAUGGGCUAGUGUGAACCUGGGGAUUUUCAUUUGCAUGCAAUGUUCAGGAAUUCACCGAAGUCUUGGAGUUCAUAUAUCGAAGGUGCGGUCCACGACUUUAGAUACGUGGUUGCCAGAGCAAAUUUCUUUCAUGCAAUUUAUCGGUAAUGAAAAGUCAAAUAAGCUCUGGGAGGCAGAAAUGCCACCAAAUUUUGAUAGAAGUAAAUUGGGAAUUGACAAGUUUAUCCGUGCCAAGUACGUGGAGAAAAGAUGGGCUUCAAAAGAUGAAAUGCAAUCAACGUCAAAUGGAGGGUCUAGGAAUGGUAUUCUGAAGAACAACAGGAGACUUUCUCUUGAAGAAAGCGUCCUUGCUAACCACGUCGCACAAAUUCUACCACCAACAACAACAAGAGCUCGCGGGGGUUUUAUUGACAUGCAGAAAAAGAAUUCUCCUCCAUUUAAAAGGCCAUCCUCAUCAGUUGAUUUUGACAACUUGCUUUGCAUCUAUGACGAUAACCAAGCCUUCUCAACCGUGCCUCCUUCAAGUUGGGCAACAUUUGAUUGUAUGAUAAUUCAUACUUAUCACAAUGUGUUGCUUAGUUCUCGUCACGUGGCGCCAUCCCCACCUGUGAAACGAUGUCGUUUAGAUUGGCGCGCCAAAGCACAAAGGGUGGAGCAAAUGGAAAUUCGGGUGUGCAGCAACCGCACCUGCCGCAGACAGGGCUCAUUUCAAACCCUAGAAACCCUCUGUGGGGUCGCUCCUCCAAACGUGACUGUAAAGUCGUGCGGGUGCUUGGGGCGGUGCGGUUCGGGCCCCAACCUGGUGGUCCUGCCCGAUGGCCUCACCGUUGGCCAUUGUGGAACGGCUGCUCGGGCUGCGGAGCUCAUGGUCAAUCUGUUUGCCGAAGCUGGCCAUGACCCCAAGGCUUGUAUGGAUGCGCUUGCUUUGAGGAAGAGGGCGGACAUUGAGUUUGCCAACCGAAAUUUCACCCAGCUGAACUUCUGCUCUCACAGGUCAUUUGUAAGGCUGGAAUUGGGCAACUACUCUGGUGCUCUCCAAGAUGCUGAAGAGGCUUUGGCAUUAGCUCCCCGCUACACUGAGGUGACUCAGAUUCUUCUCUUCUAA